AAGGAUUCCAAAUUGAUGGCUAUAGUAAAUUCUUGCGGUCACCCGGAUUGGCCCCUCCUAGCAAGUUUCUUCCCAGAUCGAUCUGUAGUCCAGUGUCAACAGAGGUGGUCCAAGGUACUUAACCCAGAUCUUAUAAAAGGAUCAUGGACCAAAGAGGAAGAUAAGAAAGUUUUGGAGUUAGUAUCAGAGCAUGGUCCAAAAAGAUGGACCAUCAUAUCAAAAUACAUCAAGGGUAGAACUGGAAAGCAAUGCAGAGAACGGUGGCACAACCAUUUGAAUCCUGAGAUAAAGAAAACAGCAUGGACAGAGGAAGAAGACCAAAUGAUUUAUGAACUUCAUCAAAAUCUUGGCAAUCGUUGGGCAAAGAUUGCCAAGUAUCUGCCAGGAAGGACAGACAAUGCCAUUAAAAAUCACUGGAAUUCAACGAUAAGAAGAAAAUUUGAGUCGGAU